AUGAAGCUCUCCAUUCUCUCUGUCGGCCUCCUGGCUGGAGCCGUUGCUGCUGUGCCAACCGCCACAACUGACAGCCCUAUUGUCAAGCGCGCCACCCUCAAUGAUGUUGGAACCGGUUACGCCAGCCAGAACGGCGGAACCUCCGGAGGAGCCGGCGGAACCACCACCACUGUCUCCUCCUUCGCUCAGUUCACCGCCGCUGUUGCCGGCACCGCGAAGAAGGUCGUCGUUGUCUCUGGCCCCAUCACCCAGACCGCCGACCAGAUCAAGAUUGGCAGCAACACCAGCAUCAUUGGCAAGAGCUCCAAGGCCGUCCUCACUGGCUUCGGACUCCUCGUCAAGGAACAGUCCAACGUCAUCAUCCGCAACAUUGCCAUCUCCAAGGUUCUUGCUGGGAACGGAGAUGCCAUUGGUGUUCAAAAGGCCACCAACGUCUGGAUCGACCACGUCGACCUCUCCUCUGACCGUGACCACGACAAGGACUACUACGAUGGACUGAUCGACUUCACCCACGCCGCUGACUUCGUCACCGUCUCCAACAGCUACAUCCACGACCACUGGAAGGCGUCCCUCAUCGGGCACUCCGACUCCAACAGCGCCGAGGACACCGGCCACCUCCGCGUGACCCAGAACAACAACCACUGGUCCAACAUCAACUCCCGCACACCCAGCAUCCGCUUCGGCACCGGCCACAUCUUCAACUCCUACUUCUCCGCGUGCAGCGACGGAAUCAACACCCGCGAUGGUGCCCAGGUCCUCGUCGAGAGCAACGUCUUCUCCGGCAGCUCCAAGCCCCUUUACUCCACCGACGCUGGAUACGCCGUCGCAAGCGACAACGACUUCGGAGGCGGCUCCAACACCGCCCUUGCCGGUACCCUCAAGUCCGUGCCUUACUCGUACACCAAGUUGGGCAGCUCCAACGUCAAGGCCGCUGUUGAGGGCAAGGUUGGCAACAACCUCAGCUUCUAA